AUGUCGGACGGGCGGGCGUCGGUCUGGCUGUGGCGGCUCUGCAGCCUCCUCAUGGCUGCGUUCUUCGGGCUGGCGGCCACCGUGCAGGUGAACGACCCCGACGCCGGGCUCUGGACGGUUGUCUACCUAGUGCCAGCUGCUCUGACACUGCUUGUCAGCAUGAACCCCUCAAUAACAGGGCUCCCUCCUCAUUCAGCUGCACGCCCACAUUUUGCCUGCUCUUCUUUCACCACUGAUGGAUGCAAUAGUAUUUGGAGGCUCCUCUGUGCUCUUCAUUCUGCUGGCUGCGUUUUUGGGAUCACUGUCUUGGGUUGUUCUUUGUUUGUUUAUGCUGAAGGAAACAUUUUGCAUGAGGAGGAAGGCAGAGAGUUGCUGGGUCUGGUGAUUAUUACAAUAUGGAUGAGACUCUGUCACAGUUCAGCAAAGAGCCCACUGGGUGGAGCUGGCUUGGUUGCUGCAGUGGUGGUCGCCCUCUUGCCCUUUGUUUCCUGGUUGUACAUUUCAAUGAACAGUGAAAUGCGAUCCUCUUGGCCCACACACUGUAAAACAGUCAUUUAGAAUCAGAACCACAGAAUUGUCAGAGUUGGAAGAGACCUCAAGGAUUAUCCAGUUCCA